AGAUGUAAUAUUAUUAAUAUUAAUAAUAUUAAAUAGUUACAAUAUCUCGUGACAAAUUUGAACAAGCUUUAGUCUCUAAUCAAAUUGUGACAGAUCAAGUAUUUUUCUCAAAACAAAAGAUACAAAGAUACGGUGUACAGUACAACUCAAAAGUCAUUGAGUUUCCCCAGUAUGUGUCAGAAUCCAUAGAAAAGAAAAAGAACCUGAAAAGCUUUGAUCCGUAAAAUCAGCCAGGCCUUAACUUUCUAAAUAAUCAUUAAACAGUAAAGAGACAUGAGAAUGCGGAAAUAGUUGGAUCUGAGCUUGUCUGGCAAGUAUUCAAACAGCAUAGGAUUAUGUUUAGGAUUACAUUAACGAUAAAGCAUCUGUGCAGUUAACUGUGAAAAAUAUGAAAAAUAUGCACAAGCAAAGAGGUAUCUAACAAACCUGCUCAUCUUAAGAAGGAUAAAUGUGGACUGGCUAGUGUCAAGGAAUGUGCUGAGUAGUUCUGGCAUUGUAUUUUACACCAAAGGGACACCAAAAGUGAUACCAGCUGAAGUCCCAAAACUGAAUGAGCAUCAUGUCUAAUAAAGGAAAAAGAUCAGAAUGUUUCCUGGGAAUUGUUGCCAUUCUGUUCAUUUAUAUGCAGGUGGUGAACUCACAAGAACUUCUUGAAUUUUCAGACAUGGUUCUGGAGUUUAGUGACACAGAUGGAUACAUAAGGGAUAAAAGAGACGUGAACAUGGAUGUAAUAGAAUACAUUAUAAUCAUAGAGGUGAAUGUGUCACAAGCCAUUUAUUUGGACCAAAUCAAAUCAUCACUGAAGUCCAUCAGCUCUAUCUUAAUAGACAAUACCACCGACAUUGUUAGCGUGAACGUUACGACAGUGUGCAAUUUGACUGGUACUGAAUAUCAGUGCAUGUGUGAGGAUGAAUAUUUCUGGCCAUGUGAAAAGUGCACACUAAAUGGGUCUUGUGAUAACGUCACCAAUUCCUCAUGUGGAUGUCUGGAUUUACUUCCAUAUGAUGGGAACCUCUGCCAACCAAUCAAUGAGCUGCCAAAUAACUCUACAUGCCCAGUUGAACCCUUCUUAGCUGAUUAUCUGUUAGAGUUUGAGAUUGAUGCAGUAGAUGGUACAGUCCAGAAUCUACUGAGGGACAUUUUGGGGGCAAACAAUUUACCCUUAAUAAACAGCAACAUCAAUAUCACUGACAUUAACAUCACUACAGUGUGCAAUUUGACUGGUACUGAAUAUCAGUGCAGGUGUGAGGAUGAAUAUUUCUGGCCGUGUGAAAAAUGCACACUAUAUGGAUCUUGUAAUAACGUCACCACCUCCUCAUGUGGCUGCAUCAAUGCUUUACCAAAUGAUGGACACUUCUGCCAACCAAUCAAUGAGUUGAAGAAUAAUUCAACAUGCAUCCCUCCAGUUCUCCCAGCUGAUUAUCUGAUUGAGGUUGAGAUUAGUGCAGUGGACGUAACUGUCCAGAAUCUACUGAGGAACAUUUUGGAGAGGAGCAAUUUACCCUUAAUAUACAGUGACAUCAAUAUCACUGAUAUUAACAUCACUACAGUGUGCAAUUUGACUGGUACUGAAUAUCAGUGCAGGUGUGAGGAUCAGUAUUUCUGGCCCUGUGAAAAAUGCAGACUAUAUGGAUCUUGUAAUAACGUCACCACUUCCUCAUGUGGCUGCAUCAAUGCUUUACCAAAUGAUGGACACUUCUGCCAACCAAUCAAUGAGCUGAUGAAUAAAUCAACAUGCCCUCUCCCAGUUCUCCUGGCUGAUUAUCUGAUUGAGGUUGAGAUUAGUGCAGUAGACGUAACUGUCCAGAAUCUACUGAGGAACAUUUUGGAAAGUAGCAAUUUACCCUUAAUAUACAAUGACAUCAGUAUCACUGAUAUUAACAUCACUACAGUGUGCAGUUUGACUGGUACUGAAUAUCAGUGCAGGUGUGAGGAUCAGUAUUUCUGGCCAUGUGAAAAAUGCACACUAUAUGGAUCUUGUAAUAAUGUAACCAAUACGUCGUGUGGCUGCAUCAACGCUUUACCAAAAGAUGGACACUUCUGCCAACCAAUCAACGAGCUGAUGAAUAACACUGCGUGCCCCACUGAGCCACUCCCAGCUGAUUAUCUGAUUGAGGUUGAGAUUGCUGCAGCAGACAUAUAUAUUCAGUAUCUACUGAGGAACCUUUUGGAGAGAAGCAAUUUAACCUUAAUAAACAGUGACAUCAGUAUCACUGACAUUAACAUCACUACAGUGUGCAGUUUGACUGGUACUGAUUAUCAGUGCAGGUGUGAGAAUCAGUAUUUCUGGCCAUGUGAAAAAUGCACACUAUAUGGAUCUUGUAAUAACGUAACCAAUACGUCAUGUGGCUGCAUCAACGCUUUACCAAAAGAUGGACACUUCUGCCAACCAAUGAAUGAGCUGAUGAACAACACUGCGUGCCCCACUGAGCCACCCCCAGCUGAUUAUCUGAUUGAGGUUGAGAUUGCUGCAGCAGACAUAUAUGUUCAGUAUCUACUGAGGAACCUUUUGGAGAGAAGAAAUUUAACCUUAAUAAACAGUGACAUCAGUAUCACUGACAUUAACAUCACUACAGUGUGCAGUUUGACUGGUACUGAUUAUCAGUGCAGGUGUGAGAAUCAGUAUUUCUGGCCGUGUGAAAAAUGCACACUAUAUGGAUCUUGUAAUAACGUAACCAAUACAUCAUGUGGCUGCAUCAACGCUUUACCAAAAGAUGGACACUUCUGUCAACCAAUGAAUGAGCUGAUGAAUAAAACUGCCUGCCCCACUGAACCACUCCCAGCAGAUUAUCUGAUUGAGGUUGAGAUUGCUGUAGCAGACAUAUAUAUUCAGUAUCUACUGAGGAACCUUUUGGAGAGAAGCAAUUUAACCUUAAUAAACAGUGACAUCAGUAUCACUGACAUUAACAUCACCACAGUGUGCAGUUUGACUGGUACUGAUUAUCAGUGCAGGUGUGAGAAUCAGUAUUUCUGGCCGUGUGAAAAAUGCAGACUAUAUGGAUCUUGUAAUAACGUAACCAAUUCAUCGUGUGGCUGCAUCAACGCUUUACCAAAAGAUGGACACUUCUGCCAACCAAUGAAUGAGCUGAUGAAUAACACUGCCUGCCUCACUGAGCCACUCCCAGCUGAUUAUCUGAUUGAGGUUGAGAUUGCUGUAGCAGACAUAUAUAUUCAGUAUCUACUGAGGAACCUUUUGGAGAGAAGAAAUUUAACCUUAAUAAACAGUGACAUCAAUAUCACUGACAUUAACAUCACUACAGUGUGCAGUUUGACUGGUACUGAUUAUCAGUGCAGGUGUGAGAAUCAGUAUUUCUGGCCGUGUGAAAAAUGCACACUAUAUGGAUCUUGUAAUAACAUAACCAAUUCGUCGUGUGGCUGCAUCAAUGCUUUACCAAAGGAUGGACACUUCUGCCAACCAAUGAAUGAGUUGAUGAAUAACACUGCCUGCCCCACUGAGCCACUCCGAGCUGAUUAUCUGAUUGAGGUUGAGAUUGCUGCAGCAGACAUAUACAUUCAGUAUCUACUGAGGAACCUUUUGGAGAGAAGAAAUUUAACCUUAAUAAACAGUGACAUCAGUAUCACUGACAUUAACAUCACUACAGUGUGCAGUUUGACUGGUACUGAUUAUCAGUGCAGGUGUGAGAAUCAGUAUUUCUGGCCGUGUGAAAAAUGCACACUAUAUGGAUCUUGUAAUAACGUAACUAAUUCAUCGUGUGGCUGCAUCAACUCUUUACCAAAAGAUGGACACUUCUGCCAACCAAUGAAUGAGUUGAUGAAUAACACUGCCUGCCCCACUGAGCCACUCCCAGCUGAUUAUCUGAUUGAGGUUGAGAUUGCUGCAGCAGACAUAUAUAUUCAGUAUCUACUGAGGAACCUUUUGGAGAGAAGAAAUUUAACCUUAAUAAACAGUGACAUCAGUAUCACUGACAUUAACAUCACUACAGUGUGCAGUUUGACUGGUACUGAUUAUCAGUGCAGGUGUGAGAAUCAGUAUUUCUGGCCGUGUGAAAAAUGCACACUAUAUGGAUCUUGUAAUAACGUAACCGAUUCGUCGUGUGGCUGCAUCAACGCUUUACCAAAAGAUGGACACUUCUGCCAACCAAUGAAUGAGCUGAUGAACAACACUGCCUGCCCCACUGAGCCACUCCCAGCUGAUUAUCUGAUUGAGGUUGAGAUUGCUGCAGCAGACAUAUAUAUUCAGUAUCUACUGAGGAACCUUUUGGAGAGAAGCAAUUUAACCUUAAUAAACAGUGACAUCAGCAUCACUGACAUUAACAUCACCACAGUGUGCAGUUUGACUGGUACUGAAUAUCAGUGCAGGUGUGAGGAUCAGUAUUUCUGGCCAUGUGAAAAAUGCACACUAUAUGGAUCUUGUAAUAACUUAACCAAUUCGUCGUGUGGCUGCAUCAACGCUUUACCAAAAGAUGGACACUUCUGCCAACCAAUCAAUGAGUUGAAGAAUAACGCUACAUGCCCCACUAAGCCACUUCCAGUUGAUUAUAUGAUUGAGUUUGAGAUUGAUGCAGUAGACAUAAUGAUCCAGAAUGUAUUGAGGAGCCUUUCGGGGACAAAGAGUUUACUCUUAAUAAACAGUGACAUCAGUAUCACUGAAAUUAACAUCACUACAGUGUGCAGUUUGACUGGUACUGAAUAUCAGUGCAGGUGUGAGGAUCAGUAUUUCUGGCCGUGUGAAAAAUGCACACUAUAUGGAUCUUGUAAUAACGUAACCAAUUCGUCGUGUGGCUGCAUCAACACUUUACCAAAAGAUGGACACUUCUGCCAACCAAUCAAUGAGCUAAUGAAUAACGCUACAUGCCCCACUAAGCCACUUUCAGUUGAUUAUAUGAUUGAGUUUGAGAUUGAUGCAGUAGACGUAAGGGUCCAGAAUGUAUUGAGGAGCCUUUCGGAGACAAACAGUUUACCCUUAAUAAACAGUGACAUCAGAAUCACUGAAAUUAACAUCACUACAGUGUGCAGUUUGACUGGUAUUGAUUAUCAGUGCAGGUGUGAGGAUCAGUAUUUCUGGCCGUGUGAAAAAUGCACACUAUAUGGAUCUUGUAAUAACGUAACCAAUUCAUCGUGUGGCUGCAUCAACGCUUUACCAAAAGAUGGACACUUCUGCCAACCAAUGAAUGAGCUAAUGAAUAACGCUACAUGCCCCACUAAGCCACUUCCAGUUGAUUAUAUGAUUGAGUUUGAGAUUGAUGCAGUAGACAUAAUGAUCCAGAAUGUAUUGAGGAGCCUUUCGGGGACAAAGAGUUUACCCUUAAUAAACAGUGACAUCAGUAUCACUGACAUUAACAUCACUACAGUGUGCAGUUUGACUGGUACUGAUUAUCAGUGCAGGUGUGAGGAUCAGUAUUUCUGGCCGUGUGAAAAAUGCACACUAUAUGGAUCUUGUAAUAACGUAACCAAUUCGUCAUGUGGCUGCAUCAACACUUUACCAAAAGAUGGACACUUCUGCCAACCAAUGAAUGAGCUAAUGAAUAACGCUACAUGCCCCACUAAGCCACUUUCAGUUGAUUAUAUGAUUGAGUUUGAGAUUGAUGCAGUAGACGUAAGGGUCCAGAAUGUAUUGAGGAGCCUUUCGGGGACAAACAGUUUACCCUUAAUAAACAGUGACAUCAGAAUCACUGAAAUUAACAUCACUACAGUGUGCAAUUUGACUGGUACUGAAUAUCAGUGCAGGUGUGAGGAUCAGUAUUUCUGGCCGUGUGAAAAGUGCAUACUAUAUGGAUCUUGUGGUGACGUCACCAAUGUCUCAUGUGGCUGCAUCAAUACUUUACCAAAUGAUGGACACUUCUGCCAACCAAUGAAUGAGCUGAUGAAUAACACUACAUGCCCCACUGAGCCACUUCCAGCUACAACCACCACAGCAUCCACGCCUACCUCAGCAUCCACACCUACCUCAGCAUCCACAUCUAUCUCAGCAUCCACACCUACCUCAGCAUCCACACCUACCUCAGCAUCCACACCUACCUCAGGAUCCACCUCAACUACUACAAUUCAAACCAACGUUCCCAUAAUCACAACUCCAACCAAUUAUAUAUUAAGUUUCUCAAUGGUAAUAAAUGAAAAUUUUGACUUGUUACUCACUGACACAUCCAGUGCAAAAUACAAAACAUAUAAAGCAACAAUACAGAAUUCAAUUAAUAAAAGUUACAGUACUGUACCUGGCCAUCAGGCCAACUCGGCAACAGUGACUAACUUCAGGCCUGGCAGUGUGAUUACAGACUUUACUAUUCAAGCAACAAGUGCUAACCUUGACUUGGUAUCAGCAAACCAAAACCUUGCUAGCAGUCUCCGUUCUCAGGGAUUUAAUGUGAGCGAUAAUGCGAUCAGUCAAAGUGUGAAAGAUGGACUAUAUCAAAGUAAUGGCAUUAUCUAUCCUGGGACAAAUCUCAAACUCACCUGCAAUCCACCUGUGCUUAAUGAUAUACAAUGGACCCUGAAUGGGGCUCCGAUAACCGGAUCAAGUAAUAUCCUUCUACUGAACAAUGCCACUUCCAGUAACAGUGGUCUAUAUGCCUGCAGUACAACAGUAAACUCUCUGCCCUAUGUUAUCUGGCAAACCAUUACAAUUCAGCCGUACCCUAAUAUCGAAGUGAGCACUGACAAAACUUUAGAAUGUAAGACUGAUACAAUUGCACUGAAGUGUUGUGUUCAGGUGGUGUAUCAACUGGAAUGGGGCACUGCUUGCAGCUCACCUUCAACAGACCCAACAACAGGCUGCAUAUUCUGUAACUAUACAGUUAACCAACAGCAGUGUAGGACUAAUGGCCAAAUCGUACAAGUCUCAUGCCAACUCAAAACUCCCAUCAAUGGAAUUACAAAUCCAUCUUACAACCUAAAAAGCAUUACACUAAAUAUAAUAAACAAACAAUUUGACUGCUUUGAUUCUGUAUUUGGAGCUGGAAAUCAGGGAGAAAAACACAACGGAGACUGUGCUGAAAACAUGGAUGGCUAUCAAGUAGCUCAGUGUAAUGCAUCAAACCUCUGGAACACCAUAGAAGACCACUGCGUCCUGCUCAUUUUUGUCAUUUUAAAAGAAGAAGCUAAGACUGUACCCUUGGAAAACAUCCCACAGUUUAUGUUUAACAUCAGCAGUAAUGCUACAUCAGAGAUUAAAAACAUUGUUGACUCUCCAGAUACCAUACUAACACUUGUAGAAACACUGACAACCAUUUCCAGUCGCUGUCAAGCAAUUUCAGUCAAUCAACCAGUUAUGACAAAUUUCCUAAAAAUAACUGAUGUCAUUGGAUCAGAAGGUGCAAAAAAUACAUGGGCGAUUUUAAACAAGAACAGUACAACAAUGAAUGCCAGUUCUGUACUUCUGAACUCCACUGAAAGCAUUGCACGCAGACUUUUGGAUGAAAACGCCAAUAUAACAACAAACUUCUCUUCUUUUAAUAAACUGACAUUUUCUUCCAUUAACAUCUCCUUUUCUGGAACAUUUGGAAAAAAUUCAACUACCCAAAUAAAUAUUCCCAUGACUAAGGCCAAGACGUCCCUCACAGUCAUAAUAUCUUCAGUUUUUAACAACAUCUUACCUGUUCGAAAUCUGACCAACAACAACAGCAGUCAGACUGGCACCAAGAUCAAUGGAGAUGUAGCUAUGAUUGAGACAAACUCAACAAUUAACAACAUCUCUCUCUCUUUUGAUGUCAUAAAUACUACAUUGGGAAAACCUCAGUGUGUCUUCUGGAACUUUAGUCUUCUGAAUGGUGUUGGUGGAUGGGACUCGACUGGAUGUCAGUUAAAUCUACUUGGGAAUGAAAGUAAAAGAUACACAUGUGAGUGCAAUCACACAACCUCUUUUUCAAUCCUGAUGUCACCAUUUACGCUGGAUAAAGUCCAAGCCAUAAUCUUAGACUAUAUAACCUACAUUGGUGUUGGCAUUUCAAUGGGCAGCUUGGUUUUGUGCCUCAUCAUUGAAAUCAUCAUAUGGAAAUCAGUGACACGAAAUGACACAUCCUACAUGCGCCAUGUCGCCAUAGUCAACAUCGCAGUCUCCCUCCUGAUUGCGAACAUUUGCUUCAUCAUUGGAGCAGCUGUUGUUAAUCAAGAGGGUCCCUGCAGUACAGCGACGUUCUUCAUGCACUUCUUUUAUCUUGCCCUUUUCUUCUGGAUGUUUCUAUCAGCACUUUUGCUCCUCUACCGCACCCUCAUGGUCUUUUCCAGAAUGACCAGAGGAGCAAUGAUGGCCAUAGGCUUCACUGUCGGCUAUGGAGCCCCGUUAAUCAUAGCUGUCAUUACUGUGGCAUCUACAGCUGGAGGCAAAGGAUACAUUCAACAAGGUUACAAUUGUUGGCUGAACUGGAAUAAAACAAAGGCUCUCCUGGCAUUUGUGAUUCCUGCUCUGACGAUUGUAGCUAUAAACCUCCUGGUGCUUAUUGUGGUUCUGUUUAAGAUGUUGAGGAGAGGAGUUAAUGCUUCCACUCAGCCAGAUGAGAAACAUCCCCUAGUGGUCAUUGCUAGAUGUGUGGCGAUUUUAACACCUCUCUUUGGUCUAACGUGGGGAUUCGGCAUUGGGACCUUGGUGUCACCAAACUUUGGGAUUCAUGUGGUGUUUGCAUUCCUUAAUUCACUUCAGGGUUUCUUUAUUUUGGUAUUUGGAACAUUACUGGAUAGUAAGGUCCGAGAAGCAUUGGCAGGAAAGUUUUUACUGAGGAACCUAAGUUCUGGCCAGACUAGGAGUACGACUGCAGGACCAUCAUCCUCAAGUGGAUUUCCUUUCUUUCAAAGACUACGGCAGAGAAGUGUUUAUAAUAUAUCGAGUGGCAGCAAUAUGUCUUCAAGCAACUCAGAUACAGCUAAUUGACAUCUAAACUAAAAACCCAUGUUAUAAGGAUCUGUUUAACUGCAAACAUCAAACACAAUACAGUCUGCCUCACAUAAGUCUAGUGCUUCUUAUUACUAUUUCUGAAAUUUAUUCUGCAAUGAACUUGUUUAUCAGCUAGGUACAAAUAUAUUUCCAUAAUUUUAACACCCACAAGGAUAGACAGAAAACUUCAAAACAUACAGUUUUUCCACAUAUGUCAAAAGUCUCAUUUUUAAACUUCAUUAUUUGAUUUUUUUAACCCAAAAAUUAUCUGAUAUUUUCUUCCUUAUUCCCAAAAAUAUAUGCUCUCGUUCCACUGUUGCUCUACAAAAUGCUUUGUCCUUAUUUCAUAUUUUACGUACAUUAUAUUGACUGAUAUUUACCUUGAUUCAUCACAUACUACAAUUAUACUAAUUUACUAAUAUUUUGCAUUUUAGCAAUAAUGCAAUUUUGGGGUCCGACAAACAGGCUGGUCUUAUACAGAUAUGUGCAAUUUGUUAAUGCUUAAACUAAUUUUAAGAGUCAAAGGGAAACAACUUUAAAGUCAAUUGCCAUCAUUAUAUCAUCCUUUAUACACAAUUUGUUUUACUACAUUCUGUCAUGGCCAACUCUAAGGAUCCCUCAUCGUCUCACAUGGACUUCAACAACCGAAGCAUAAUUUUUUUGUUUUAGCUUUUGUGUCUUGGAUUGCAUUUUGGUUGCAUGUCUUUAUUCUUAACUGGACAUUGUCUGUUUAAUAACUUGUCAAGUUUGGAUGUAGGGCUGGAUUUUGUCACUGGUGUAAGAUUUAAAUAAAUACUUCUCAACAAAUUAA